AUGGCGGCAACAAGGCUAGACCGCUUGGUAUCGCUCCUCGAUACGGGCUCAACCCCGGCGAUCCGCGCUACAGCUGCAAAACAGCUCGGUCAGAUUGCAGCCGUGCGGAUUCGAGGCCAGAGCACAGCACAGCAAGCGGCAGCCCACGCGAGGCCGCACAAGACCGAGAACUUGAAGCAAUCCCACGAUGUCGGCUCAGGUACUUCCACACCCGCGCUCGAUCCUGAAGCAGACGGACUGAUCAAGUCGGAAGAUCCGUCAUCUGCUGCAUCCAAGAAACAGAGCGCUAAGUUCGGCACUUCCGAACAGAUCAACAAGCAGCACAAUUUCACCGGCCCUUCCGUCGACGAUCAAGUUGGCGUCUACCGAGGCACCGAUGGUGACUGGGACGAGAUCACAUCCUAUCUCGCCAGAGUUGUUCCUUUCCUGCGCUCCAAAAGCUGGGAUACGCGUGUUGCUGCCGCGCUUGCCAUCGAGAGUAUCUGCCACGCCGCUGGCAUCUGGGAUCCCGAUAUCGAGCCGUCAAAGCCGGGCGAGAGCUCCAAGUCGGUCCUCACAGAUGACGACGAAGAUACGAAGGACCAGAAGCCAGAUGUAUCAGAGCUUCUUGCUACCGAGUCCCUCCUCACCUUCGAUGCCUUCUCGCUACCAACGGUUCUGGCCACUGGUACCAAGCUUCUUUCGUCCGCGGGCAAAGAAUUCGAACAAGCCUCGCUGGCUGCCGGUGCCGAUCGGUUGGCGCAGGCAAAAAAGGAUGUCGUCGGCAAACUCGGACUCGGCUUCGGUCUGGACGAGAUGGACAUUGGCAUGGACGUCGAAGCCGAACUAAAGACGGGAGAGUCGACGUCCACCUCUUCGAUUCCGCGGUCGUCUCAGGGGAAUGUGGAUUGGAGGACAGCUGCUGGAGGCGCUGCCCAAUCUCAGUUGCCGCCGCCUCGCUUCGCCGCCGCCGGCCCGCCCGUAGGUUCUUCGUUGCCAGCACCACGAUUCACCAACAAUGGAGCGCCAUCUUCUCCGUCUCCGAUAUCGACCGCCAUCCCAUCUGCAGCGUCUGCACCAUCACCAUCUCCAGCAUCCGCUGCCUCUGCCUCCGAGCCUCCUGCGGACGAGAUCGACAUGAGCAAGCUCAGCGCAAGAGAGCGCAACGCUCUCAAGAGGAAGCGCAAACUGGAAGGCAAGAGCGGUCCGGCGGAUGCCAAAACGAGGGUCAUCGAUAGCACCGAAAUGGCAUCGCCAAACGCUGCGGCCGGUCUGCGCGUCAAGACACCCUCUGGCGGCCUUUCACAGACGCCUAUCACCCCUUCCAAUGCAGAGACGGCGGGAGACUAUCUCACUGCUGUUCCGCCGCCCGCACCAAAACAUCCAGCAGGCGGUCCAGGGUCGAUGCCCGCUGUCACCGGCAGCGCGUCCACCCCUACGCCCAUUCCCGAGGUGCCUGGUUCACCGGCUGCCGCGCCGUCUCCUGCGGCAGGAGUUGCUGGUGCACCCGCAUACGCCUCUUCUGCCAACCCGUUCCAGGUCCGACCCGGCGAGUGGCCUUUCCGCCUCGUUGUCGACACUCUCAGCGUCGAUCUCUUCAGUCCCACUUGGGAAACGCGUCACGGUGCCGCCCUGGGUCUCAGAGAGCUUCUCAAGACACAGGGCUCCGGCGGCGGCAAGGUCCAGCUUGCUUUGCAACAAGACAAUGUCAAGAUGCACAAGGCGUGGUGCGACGACAUGUCGAUCAAAUUGCUCUGCGUAUUCGCGCUUGACCGCCUCGGCGACUUCGUCUUUGACCAAGUGGUUGCACCGGUCCGCGAGACUGCGAGUCAGACGCUUGCGUGUCUCCUGCCUCACAUGCCGGAAUCCUCGAUCCUGUCGGUGCAUAACGUCCUUUUGCAGAUGAUUCGCCAAGACCACGCCGCUGAAGGUGCUAGCACCGACUUUGCCGCUGGCUUCGCUGCCAAGCGCGGCAAGAAAGGGUACGUCUGGGAAGUGCGCCAUGCCGGCCUUCUCGGUCUCAAGUACGAGGUCGUUGUCAAAAAGGAUCUGCUCAUGUCCUCAACCACCGUCAAGAGCGAAGCUGCCGUGGUGAAGAAGGAAGAGGUGGAUCAAGAGCCGCUUUCGGAGGAAUCGGCAGUCAUUGAUACUGCAAAGAUGCUGCGGGACGUGGUCGAGGUGGCCAUCCUUGGUCUCAAAGACGACGACGAUGAUGUGCGUGCUGUGGCUGCCUCUGCUUUGGUGCCCAUCGUCGACGUCAUUCUCGAAAAGCUUCCCAGCGAGGUUGGCAGGCUUCUCGAUCAGCUGUGGGACUGCCUCGGGGAUCUCAAAGAUGAUCUUGCCAGCAGCAUUGGCGGUGUGAUGGACCUCCUUGCCAAACUGGUCGAGCAUCCGGGGAUCGUGAUCCACCUCAAAGCCGAAGCUGAGGAGCAGCGUGCACUGUCUCUCCUCAUUCCGCGCCUCUUCCCCUUCUUCCGUCACACCAUCACAAGCGUGCGUCUCUCCGUGCUCAAUGCGUUGCGCGUCUUUCUGACGGUUCCCUCACUACCAAAGGACUGGAUUGACGAGCGCGUUUUGCGCCUCCUCUUCCAGAAUCUAGUUGUGGAGGAGAAGCUGCCUAUCCGCCGCGCUAGCGCUGACGCCUGGGGCCACGCCCUCGCGCAUGUCGCCGGCGACGCUGUCACUGUGCAAACGCUCCUUGGACCUUACAUCGUCAACUUCUUCCGCAUCGUCAUGACGCCGCUCGGCUCGCCCAUCGACUUUGCACUCUUCUACAGUGCGUCGUUCGGCAGCACUAGCCACGCCGACGCCAAUCGUCACAACGUCGACAAGGGCAUCUUGACUCAAGAUCUGUCGCUGAUCGGCGUGGAUGCUGUCAUUCGCGGUCGUCUCAGCGCCGCCGAGGCUUUGGGUGGUGCACUUGCGCGCUUCCCUCGUACCGACGACGAACUUGCCUUCGGUGGCGUUCUUCGCGAGUAUCUCGAAUCCACGUCGGCGUUGCAAAAGUGUCUGGCGGCAGCCAUCAUUCAAGAGUGGGCUCAGGCUUGUGCCGAUCUCGGCGUCGAUCUCAAAGAUUCGAGCGCCAUCGUCGGUGACAUUGCCAGUCGCCUCAUCAACAUUCUCGAGACGCCCGCCCCGCCGACCUAUGCCGAGAUGACGGUGAUGCUGCAGCGCAUUCAAGUCGAGUGCCAGGGACUCUACAACUCGUUCCAACGCGACGCCAAGGUGCCAAAGGCAAAGAUUCCAGCACUCGCCACGACGGUCGAUCCUCUGGGCAUGAUGGUCGAUGCGUUCACCGUUGACACUGCCAAGGGCGUCGCCUCGAAGGGAUUCGAGUCGCUGCUCGCGCAGGCGGGAUCCAAAGCCAAAAAGGCAGCUCUGCCGCUGCUGGAGGACCGACGUCGCAAGCUGAUCGCCGCCAUUGGCUUCUACCAGGCGAACAAAGAGAAGCAAGACACGCAAGUGUUUGCAUCCAUCGCAGGCGCCGUGAUCUCGUUGAAGGUGCUGCCAGCAAAGCUCAACCCUGUGAUUCGCAGCAUCAUGAACAGCGUCAAGUUCGAAGAAAACAUCGACCUCCAGACCCGCUCGGCGCGGUCGGUGGCCAAGCUGGUCGAGUACUGCGUCUCGCCUGCCGCCAAGUCGAACCCAAGCGACAAGAUCGUCAAGAACCUGUGCGCCUUUGUUUGCCAAGAUACGACGCGCGUGGCCAUCUUUACUGCCAGUAAGAGCGUCCGCGAAGGCAUCCUCAGCAUGAACGAGCCCGCCGUCGUUCCAAGGGGGCCAGGCAGGACCAGCACCAAGGACGAACCCGUUGAGUCCGAGGAAGUUCUCCAAGGCAAACUGAUCCGUCGCGGUGCCGCUGCCGCACUUGCUCAGCUCGCAGAUUUGUUCGGCGAGAGGCUCUUCGUUGUCGUGCCAAUGCUGUGGCAGUGCAUGAGCAGCUCGUUGCUAGGCACGUUUGGCUCGACGGCUGCAGAGGCAGAUGCUCUCAUUGCCAAGCAAGACGAUCUGGGCCAGGGCAUUCUGGAUGCUUGUGCGGUGCUUGAUGUCAACCUGCCCAAUCUGAAAGGGACCCUAUGCGACAAGGUGGUCGAAUUGCUUCCAUCAUUGACGCUCGCCAUUCAGAGCGAGUUCGCAGUAAUUCGUUCAGCAGCAGCAAAGUGCUUCGCUGUCGUUGCCAGCUGUCUCACCGAAGUGGCGCUCAAGCACGUCGUCGAGCAGGUGGUACCCCUCGUCGGCGAUGCUGCCUCCAUCACGAACCGUCAGGGCGCCGUCGAGCUCAUCUACCACACGGUGCAGCUGCUCGACCUCAAGAUUCUACCCUACGUCAUCUUCCUCAUCGUGCCCGUGCUGGGUCGUAUGAGCGACAACGAUGAGAAAGUGCGCUUGGUGGCGACAAACACAUUUGCGUCGCUCGUCAAGAUGGUGCCGCUCGAAGCAGGACUUCCGGACCCGCCCGGAUUUUCAUCUGAUCUGUUGCAGCGCCGCGAAACGGAACGCAAAUUCCUCAUGCAGCUGCUCGACGGGUCUAAAGUGGAGCCUUAUCAGAUUCCGGUCAAGAUCAACGCUAAGCUGCGAAAGUACCAGCAAGACGGUGUCAACUGGAUGGCGUUCCUCGCCAAGUACCAGCUUCACGGCAUCCUCUGCGACGACAUGGGUCUCGGCAAGACGCUCCAGUCGAUCUGCAUCCUUUCGUCCAAGCACUUCGAAAGGGCGGAACGAUACAGGCUGACGCAGGCCGCCGAUGCAAAGCCUCUGCCGAGUUUGAUCAUUUGCCCUCCGACGUUGACUGGACACUGGUGCCACGAGAUCAAGCAGUACGCCAACAAUCUGCGACCCCUGCUCUACUCGGGACUGCCCGCCGAACGUGCGCGUCUCCAAGGCGAGAUCCAUCGCUACGAUGCCGUGGUCAUGUCGUACGACGUGGUGCGCAACGACAUUGCUGCACUUUCGCAGAUUUCGUGGAACUACUGCAUCCUUGACGAGGGUCACAUCAUCCGCUCGGCCAAGACGAAGACGACGAAGGCUGUCAAGCUGAUCCGAGCCAACCACCGAUUGUUGUUGUCCGGAACGCCGAUCCAGAACAACGUUUUGGAGCUAUGGUCGCUUUUCGAUUUCCUGAUGCCUGGGUUCCUCGGAACGGAGCGCAGCUUCCACGAGCGAUUCGGCAAACCCAUCAUCGCUUCGCGCGACGGCAAGCUCAGCGCAAAGGAGCAAGAGGCAGCAGCGUUGGCGUUGGAAGCGCUGCACAAGCAGGUGCUCCCCUUUUUGCUGAGAAGGUUGAAGGAGGACGUGCUGGACGAUCUGCCGCCGAAGAUCAUCCAGGAUAUCGAGUGCGAUUUGGGCGAGAUCCAGAAGCAGCUCUACGACGACUUCAGCAAGGAGCAGAACGAGGACGAGGCCGAGGCGUUUGCAGGCUCGGCGGCGAGCUCGGGAGGCAAGGAACCCAACGCGGAGAAGCAGCACGUGUUCAAGGCGUUGCAGUACAUGCGCAAGCUGGUAAACCACCCUUCGCUGGUUUUGACGGACGAGAAUCCGAAGCACGUGGCGAUCAAGCAGAAGCUUGUCAAGGGUGGAGGAUCGUUGAACGAUAUUUCGCACUCGCCCAAGUUGCAAGCGCUGCGACAGCUGCUGUUGGACUGUGGCAUCGGAGGUGGAGCUGCUUCGGGAGGUGGUGGCGGAUCCGAUUUAAGCAGCGAUGUUGGCGGAGGCGAAAGUGCUGUCUCUCAACACCGCGUCCUGAUCUUCUGUCAACUGAAACAGAUGAUCGACAUCAUCCAACGCGACCUCUUCGCCGCCCUCAUGCCCUCGGUGUCGUACAUGCGUCUCGACGGAUCCGUCAGCGCCGAAAAACGCCACUCGAUCGUCCAGACCUUCAACGCCGAUCCCUCGAUCGACGUGCUCCUCCUCACCACCCAAGUCGGCGGUCUCGGCCUGACGCUCACCGGCGCCGACACGGUCAUCUUUGUCGAACACGACUGGAACCCCAUGAAGGACCUCCAAGCCAUGGACCGUGCGCAUCGACUGGGUCAGAAGAAGGUCGUCAACGUCUAUCGCUUGAUCACGCGCAACACCCUCGAGGCCAAGAUCAUGGGGUUGCAGAGGUUCAAGUUGAACAUUGCGAAUAGCGUGGUCAACCAGCAGAAUGCGGGGAUGGAUAGUAUGGAGACGGAGCAGAUUUUGGAUCUGUUCAACGCGCAAGGGGGAGCGGGACAGGGGACGAACGGUGUAGAUGCGGAGGCGGGGAAGAAGAAGGGUUUCGGCAAGUUGACCCAGAAACAGAUUCUCGAGGGGGCUCAUCGUGGACCGGAGAACGAGGAGACCGAGUAUAGCGAGAUGAGCGGUUGGAGGCCUGACCAGUGA